GUGCAGUUUUUGUGUUGGUAGGAUCAGUGGUCGGCGGUGUUCGCGAACCUGUCAAUCGUGUGGAAAUGUCGUCACCGUGUUUGCCGUGAGCAGCGGAGAGAGAGACCACACCACACAUGUGUGAUAAUUCGCGAAAAGUGUCCGAGCCCGAAAAGCGCGACCCCCCGAAACCGUCACCUUAUCUCCAGCCUUGAGAUAUGAGCCGCGUCCUGGACACCUGAGAGUCGUCCGUGCAGUGGCUCGUGCCCAGUUUUCAUACACCUGUGUGCCUGCUCUGCAUAUACACACAUUCAGGAGGAGAGAGGAGAAGAACUUGGAUUUCCCACCCUUGAGAAAGGUCGUAUCAGCAACAAUACGACACACCAAUUGCCUGGGGGUACAAGAUCUUGGGAACAACUGUAGCACCAGCGACAACAGCGAAGGUCGAAGAUGAGAACGGGGUUGGAGUCCACACCCUAACGACGAUACCGUGCUGUAAAAGUGUUCCUCAUCCCCUUAGUGUGCAGUCAGUCUUACGUGAACGACGAGUUCGCGUGUUGUUAUUGUGUGUCCGUCCAGCUUAAUUGUAACACCAUCAAUAAAUCCCUUUGCAAAGUGGAGUUAUAACACCAGGUUCGAGUUAAAGAAAGCCAGCAAAAGUACACAACACUGUGUUUGGCACCAACGAGAUGGACAGCGGAGGCGGCCGUAGAAGAGUGGCAGCGAAGUCGUCCGCCGAAGACCAGGCGCUGGAUCUAAUCGCUAAGGAGGCAGAGGCGCGGCUCCUGGCACGAAGGGCGGCGAGAGCUGAGGCACGAGAGAUUCGGAUGAGAGACCUGGAAAGGCAACAACGCGAGCAGGAGGAAAAUGCUGAUAAGCAAUUCGAUAUGCUUGCGGAGCCGAUGAUCCGAAGAACUAACAGCAACACCUCCAGGUACUUGUCCAGCCGAAGAUCCUCCGAGGACUCGCUGGAGGACACCGGUAGCUUACGAGAUCUUAGGCAUGAACUCAAGGAGGUCGAGGAGAAGUUCCGCAAAGCGAUGAUUGCCAAUGCUCAGCUGGACAACGACAAGGCGGCCCAGACAUAUCAAUUGGAACUCCUCAAAGACAGGUUGGAGGAGCUGGAGGAGGAAUGUUCGCAGUUGAAGCGGGAGCACAGGGACAAGUGUAGGGAUUUCGAGCAACUGAAGCGGUUAACGACGCGGCUGAAGGAAGACCUGGCCGUGGCGCGGGCUGAACUGGAAGAACGCGACAGACUGAUUUCCGAGAAAGGUCUGGUGAUUAUCGCUGAGGAAGAGUCGGUCAACGGCGGUGAGGAGACCACGGAUGGCAUUUCCAAUGGCCAGACGAGGCUAAGGAAGGCGCUAGUCAGUGCGGAGAAUGCUCACCUAUUGGAACACGCAGGCGAAGGCAGUCUAGAUGUACGGUUGGGAAAGUUUGCGAAAGAACGUUGCGAGCUCCAGGAUCAGAUUAGUCAUUUAAAGCUGGAGCUGGAGGAGGAGAAGACCAAGAGGCGGAAGCAUAGUAGUGUUGGUGGUAGUGGCGGCACCAGCGGCAGUGGAUUAGGAACGACGCCCAACGGACCCAAUUACGAUUCCGAUUUGGAGGCUGCUGACAUUCAAAGGGAGGCCUCUAAACAGUUGGCCGAGUUCAAGUUCAGAGCCCAGAAAGCGGAACAGGAUGUAGCCACCUUGCAGGCGACGGUGGCGCGCCUCGAAAGCCAAGUGAUUCGCUACAAGUCUUCGGCGGAGGUAUCGGAAAAAUCCGAGGAGGCUCUCAAACUAGAAAAGAGGAAAUUGCAACGCGAGGCGAGGGAGGCGCAGAACAGGGCCGAGGAAUUGGAGCUGUCCAACACGCAUCUGCUCAAGCGAUUAGAUAAGUUAAAGAAUGCAAAGUCGGCGCUGCUUAAGGAACUUUGACAAUCAACGAACACUUAGUGCGGUCUCAAUUAGUUCUUAACCAAUUAUGGAUAUAUACAUAUAUAUGUGUAUAUACAUAUAUAUUUAUAUAUGUUUUACUUAAACCUAAUUUAUUUUGUAUGGAUAAUAAUAAUCGAUCGAACAUUUAUGAUGAAUGAUAUGCGGCGUCGAAAGAUAAGUUGUUAUUGAAGGAAGAUAUUAAUCAAUUGGCUUAGUUUAUUUUGUUUGCUUCUGGCGCUUUUACGGAUGGAUUUUACGAAAGGGAAUAAUAAUAAGUAAUUAAAUUGAUAAGAAUAUUUUCUAGAUAUUCAUGUAUAUAUCUAUAUAUAUGUACAUAUAUAUGUUGGCUGAGAUGUUGGUUGUGUAAUUCGCGUGUGCCAUACAAUUUUGUUUUAAAUUUUUAAUCAUUUCCUUGGAUUGGCGGAUACUUAUCAUUGAUUUUCAAAAGCCACUAAGUAUUUAUUUCCUGAGGAAUUCGACGCUUAUUUAAUUUAUUUUUCCGUUUGGUGAUUGAAAACCGAUCUGCUAAUUGAUCCAUUUACAGACACUCGCACAUAUAAUAUAUGUAUGUAUAUAUAAAUAUAUAACACAAGAUAUGUUAUAUUCUUUUAAAAUCGUGAUUGAUUAUAUUUUUUAUUUUAAAAUCUUAUUUUAUUUUCUUUUGUAUUUACGCAAAAAAGGCGUUAAUUGGAAAGAAGUGUGCUUGAAUUGGGGGGAGGGAUUUGCUGCUGCGCCGAAAUAUGAAGAAGAAAAAA